UUUGCAUUUUCGUAUUUAGGAAAAACCCGACACAUCUUCGAUGAUCAGUUGGUUUAUGUCAAUUGAACUAAGUGGACGAAAUGUUGAGACAAAUCGCAGCUUUUAUUGUUAUAACUGGCCUCACUCUAAAUCAGCAAGUAAAAGGCAAUGAGUUUAAAUUAUGUGAACUGGAUGCUAAAAGAGGAAGUAAACAUUUUCCUGAUGACUUUAAAUUCGGAGUUUCUACGGCCGCAUAUCAAAUAGAAGGUGGCUGGAAUGCAGAUGGUCGAGGUCCCUCCAUAUGGGAUACAUUUACCCAUCAACAUCCCGAAAUGAUUGUAGAUCAUUCAACGGCAGAUGUGGGCCCCGACUCCUAUCACUUGUUCGAUAAGGAUUUGCAGGCUUUGAAAGAAUUAAAGGUCAAUUACUAUCGUUUCUCCAUAUCUUGGUCUCGCAUUCUACCGGACGGGUCAAUAACUUCAAAAAAUCAAAAAGGCAUCGAUUAUUAUAACAUGAUUAUUGAUAAACUCUUGGAAAACGGCAUCGAGCCCAUGGUCACAAUGGUUCAUUAUGAUUUACCUGAAGCUCUUAAUCUCUAUGGCGGAUUCACCAAUAUUUUGUUGGUAAAAUAUUUCCGCGACUAUGCUAAUUUAUUGUUUGAAAGCUUUGGCGAUCGUGUUAAGGUCUGGAUUACAUUUAACGAACCCUAUGAUUAUUGCAUUCCCGGAUAUGGAGCGGGCAAUUAUCCACCCAUGGGCGAGGAUUCCGGUGUUGCCGAUUAUCUUUGCAUGGACACAACGCUAAAGGCUCAUGCUGCAACGUAUCGCUUGUACAGGGAGAAAUAUUUCGAAAAACAAAAGGGUAAAAUCGGUAUAACAAUCAGCUCGAGAUUUUACUUUUCAAAAUCGAAUAAUACAGCAUUGGUGGAUCGAGCCAUGCAAUAUUCGUUGGGCUGGCUGGCCUAUCCCUUGUUUGGUGAAACAGGAAACUAUCCCCAAGUAAUGUUGGAUGACAUUGCCGAAAAUAGUCUACGGGAAGGAAGAUCGCGGUCACGACUCAUGAGCCUAAACGAAGAAGAAAGAAAUAUUGUUAGAAAUUCUGCCGAUUUUCUGGGGCUCAAUUAUUACACUUCACGUUUUGUGGAGGAGGCUGUGCCGCCAAGAGGCAAAAAGCCAUCAUGGGACUAUGAUUCACGUUUAAAAUAUGAUUUGGAUCCAAAAUGGAAAAGAGCCAAAUCCCAAUGGCUUUACUGUGUGCCGGAAGGUUUGGAGGGUCUCCUGAAUUGGAUUCGUUCAAACUUCAACAAUAUUGAAGUUAUGGUUACCGAAAAUGGUUGGUCCGAUAGUGGAGAGUUGAAUGAUACGGAUCGUAUUGAUUAUCUUAAGGCUCAUUUAAAGGCUGUGUUAAAUGCCAUUAACAGGGGUUGCAAUGUCACACGCUACACACAUUGGAGUUUGAUUGACAAUUUUGAGUGGCAAAGAGGUUAUACCGAAAAAUUUGGAUUGUAUUAUGUGAACAACGCGAGUGUAAAUAAGGAACGAAUCCCAAAGCAUUCCGCACGUUAUUAUAAGAGUGUAAUCGAAACCAAAACUAUACUCGAUAAUUGAUUAACUGCAAAACUUUUUUCUAAUGUUUAAAUAUUAAAAAUUUUUCAAAUAAUGUUAGUAAUAUCUGCACCGUUGAAUAUUCGCCUAUUGCUUGUAUGACUGCGAAGUUUCCUCACACUGUGAUUCUAAAGAUGGUCGCAGAUUAAAUGUUGCUGUUAACGAUGUAACACGAUUUAUUCUUAAACGAAGACGACACAGGGGGAAUAUCCCGGUUUACUCGCCAAAUAUUCAAUGUAUCGUUCAAAAGCUAUCUGAAUAUUAAAAGUCUCAUCUAACUUCGCAAAAUAAUUCAAAAUAAACAACCUAAAUAUCUGUUUGCACUUUUGCAAUAUGCACGCUAAUAGAGGAAGGAAAAAUAAACCCCCAAGAAUAGAUUGUUUGAACUCUGAGAGGCAGUUCUUCGUAUCCACAAUACGUCUCAACGCUCAUCGCAUAAGCAAUAUUACAACAUUUAAAAAAGAGCUGUUUAAACUUUAUGAAUGAACUUACAAUUCUUAAUUCUAGUAUAAAAUUGCUUUGAUUUUAAUUAAUACGUUUUGUAUUUAGUAUAUUUUUUUUGAAUUAAAUUAAACAUUUUAUUCUGUAAUGUAAUUUUUUUUAUGUGAUUCUUUGAUACUAAUAUUAAUGUUUGUGCAAUUAUUGUCUAUGCGUUAAAACACCGACCCUGUCACUUGUAGGAGAAUAUCCUGUUGUGCUGGUAUUAAAAAAAAUUAAAUGCAUUUAAAUAGGA